AUGUCCUCUGCCCUGGCCCCAGCCAUGGCCGUGCAGGUGCCCCUGUGGCACCACUACCUGCAGGCCAUCCGCUCACGGGAGGCGUCCCGGGCGCAGGACUACCAACGUGCAGAGAACGUGCUGCUCACCGUGCUGGAGCGUGUGCAUUCCCGGGACCCCCGCUUCCUUGUGGAUUACUCCCGAGACCUGGAGGCCUUGCAGUUUGCCCUGCGCUCCUCGGACAGCCCCGUGGACAUGGAGGUGCCCCUGAGGGUGGACGCUGAAGCCCUCCUGAGUGAGGAGCCAGGGGCCAGCGAGAUGGGCGAUGGCUCCGUGACCUGCCGCCUGGGAAUCCCCAGAGAAGGGGCUGGCUUGGAGCAGUGGGUGACUGACGACGUCUUCACCGCCUCCUUGAACAGCGGCUCCAAGUGCUGCGGCUACAUUGUUCCCAGCAAAGUCCUGCACGUCCUCAAGGACCUACUGGUGGCUGCCAUCGUGCACUGCAAGCACCACGGCCUCAUCGCGCCAGGUUCUCUGAAGGUGGACAGCCUGUGGGAAGAGGAGCUACACCUGUCGCUGCUGGUGUCCAGUGGCUGGAGGACAAUCCGCUUCAACGUGGUGCCUGUGGUGCGGUGGAAGCACAGGGUGCCUGUCCUGGAGGGGGCCCAGCGGGCGCCCGGGUUCCCUGAAGGCAGCUUGAAAAGGAUCAUCAGCCAAGAGGUGGCCCUGGUGCUGGCCAGUGCCCAGCUCUGGAGGGUCUCCAUGGACUACCUGCUCACCAGGCUGCUUAGUGCGCUGGGCUCCCUGCCGGGCCACCGCCUGGACAGCCUCUCCAUCCUGGACCGGGUCAACCGCGAGAGCUGGUGCGACAGCGGCCAGAGCCCCGGCCUGACCUUUGACCACCUGAAGGCUGUGCUGCUCUGGGCCUCAGUGCUCUUCCCGGCGCCCGAGGACUGGGCGGAGCUGCAGGGCGCCGUGUACCGCAUGCUCGUGGUGCUGCUGUGCUGCUUGGCCACCAGGAACCUGCCCCACUUCCUCCACCCCGAGCACAACCUGCUGCAGGACACCAGCCUGGACCUCAAUGCCCUCUACCAGCGCGUGGAGCACUUCGCCAGCGAGCCCGAGGCGUCCCUGCGCAUCCACGUCACCCACCUGGGCCGCAGCCCCCCGCCGCGCAUCGGCCACGGGGUCAAGGCGCUCCUGCAGCUGCCCGCCAGCGACCCCACCUACUGGGCCACCGCCUAUUUUGAUGUCCUGCUGGACAAGUUCCAGGUCUUCCACAUCCAGGAUAAGGACCGGAUCUCGGCCAUGCAGAGCAUAUUCCAGAAGACCAAGUUCCUGAGCGGCGAGGACAGCUGA